GGUGAAGAAGAUUAUUGAAGCCAGCGGACAGAGUCGUCUGCUUUCUUCAUCAUCAUCGUCAUCAUCAUCCUGUCGUCACUGCAAGUGGGAGGAGCUGACCGGUCUGCGGUCUUCAUCUCACCGGCGACCAGCAACCUCUGUGACGGCGCCCCACACCCCACCCCCCCCUCUUCCAUGUUCACUCACUGAAUCUGCAAUUGAAGGGACAAGCUCACAAUCGGGGACCCUCUUGAGAGGUGAUUCGAUCCUCGAUUCGAUUCGAUUCGGUUCGGAUUCAUCAUGAAGAAAGGCGGGCUAGGGUUGAACCUCAAGCUCUCUCUUCCUCCUCCCGAGGAAGUCUCCAAAUUCCUAACUCAGAGCGGGACGUUCAUGGACGGAGAUCUGCUGGUCAAUAAGGAUGGAGUUCGAAUUGUGUCUCAGGGUAGUGUCGAAGCGCCACCUCCCAUCAAGCCAACAGACAAUCAGAUGAGCUUGGCUGAUAUUGAUACAAUUAAAGUCAUUGGAAAGGGGAACGGUGGAAUCGUGCAGCUCGUGCAACACAAAUGGACAGGCCAGUUCUUUGCUUUGAAGGUCAUUCAAAUGAACAUCGAGGAGUGUGCUCGCAGGCAGAUUGCACAGGAACUAAAAAUCAAUCAGUCAUCACAGUGUCCGCAUAUUGUUGUCUGUUACCAGUCCUUCUACGACAAUGGUGCAAUUUCAAUAAUCUUAGAAUACAUGGAUGGAGGAUCUUUGGCUGACUUCCUGAAAAAAGUAAAAAGUAUUCCCGAGCCAUAUCUUGCUGCCAUCAGUAAGCAGGUGCUUCAGGGUUUGAUAUAUUUGCAUCACGACAGACACAUCAUCCACCGGGAUCUGAAGCCAUCUAACCUAUUGAUAAAUCAUCAAGGCGAGGUCAAAAUCACUGAUUUUGGAGUCAGUGCAAUUAUGGCAAGCACAUCGGGACAGGCAAAUACCUUUGUGGGCACAUACAACUACAUGUCGCCUGAGAGAAUAAUCGGAGGCAAGUAUGGGAGCAAAAGUGAUAUUUGGAGCCUUGGGCUAGUAUUGCUAGAGUGUGCAACGGGUCAUUUCCCAUACACACCUCGUGAGCAAGAAGAAGGAUGGACCAACUUUUAUGAGCUUAUGGAGGCCAUUGUCGAGGAAGCGCCACCGUCUGCGCCUUCUGAUGAGUUCUCACCUGAGUUCUGUUCAUUUAUUUCUGCAUGUGUACAAAAAGACCCAAAGGACCGACAAUCUGCACCAGAACUGAUGCAUCAUCCUUUCCUCAGCUUGUAUGAUGAUCUGAACGUUGAUCUCGCUUCUUACUUCAGAAAUGCUGGCUCUCCGCUUGCAACCUUUUGAAUCCCUCACUGCUUGGAGAUCAAAUGAGAGAUUUACAACCGCGCAUUGCUGGAUAAAAUGGGAACGGUUGAUCAUGGAGUUGGGGCUUCUGAGACAAGCAAUGAGGACGGAGCACCGAAAGUAAAGGAAGGUUAUUCUUAUGGGCAGAUGAUUUGGACCACUGGAGGGCAAGAACUCAUAAAAGAUUGAGGUUCUUGUUGUGAUCUUGAGACUUAUUGUAUUUUCAGAGGAAUGUUGAGAAUAUGCAAACAGAAGUACUUUCAACUUGUGUCACGAUCUUUAUUAUACAUAGCAAAGAAUCUCUCAGACCACUUCGACCUCAAGCGAGAUGCAGAGUGUGUUUCCUCAUUAAUUAUAACUUACCUUAUUUUUAUCAUUAA